UUAGUGGUGAUUAAUAUAAAUAUGGUAAAAAAGGUUGUAUAAUAGGAUACAUAUAUUUUAUAAUAAAGGUGGAAAUAGAUUAAGAAUAGUUUAAAAUAUUUCUACAUAUAUUUGUCAUUUAAUGUUAUAGUGAUGGUGGAUUAUAUGAUGGAACAUUAUAAAGUUUAAAUGUUGUAGAUUGAGUUAAGAUUGGAAAAUGGAUUGAGUUGAGUUGUGGUAGGUAUUUUAUUUUUAGUGGUGAAGCAUAAAUAAUAC